AUGUCACUUUCACCAAUAGAAAAAGCAGCGUCGGGAGCUUUAGCAUCAGCUAUUGCAAAUACUUUAGUUUAUCCGUUAGAUUUGAGUAAAGUUUUAAUACAAACACAAGUUAAAAAACAUGAUAAACAAUUGAAUAAAUCAAAUUCAGAUAUUUUAACACCACCUUCAGAAUCAGAUUUAGAAGAUUCAGUUUAUAAAAAUACACCAAAAAAAGAUGGUUCAAAUGAAUUAAAAUAUAAAAAUACACUCGAUGUUUUAAGAAAAAUAUAUGCUAAAAAGGGUAUUUUAGGAUGGUAUCAUGGUUUACUUUCAACAGUUGUUGGUACUGCUGCUCAAAAUUUUUCUUAUUUUUAUUGGUAUACAAUUGUUAAAAGAGUUUACGCAAAUUUAUAUAAAAAUAUACCAGGUCAUAAAGCAAAUACACUUACUGAAUUAUUUUUAGGUGCUGUUGCUGCUGCAAUUUCACAAUGUUUCACAAUGCCAAUUGGUGUUAUAACAACUCAACAACAAACUGAUAAACAACAUAAAAAUUUCAUUCAAUUAAUUAAAGAAAUUUUAGAUCAAGAUGGUAUUACAGGUUUAUGGAGAGGUUUAAGAGUUUCAUUAGUUUUAUGUAUUAAUCCAUCAAUUACUUAUGGUUCAUAUGAAAGAUUAAAACAAGUUAUUUAUGGUAAUAAAGAAUAUUUAGGUCCAUUAGAAUCAUUUUCAUUAGGUGUUUUAGCUAAAUCAUUAGCAACAGUUGCAACACAACCAUUAAUUGUUUCAAAAGCAAUGAUCCAAAAGAAGAAUAAAUCAAAAUCAAAAGAUAAUAAACCUAUAGAAAACAAAGAUUUACAUGAUGAUGAUGAUGAUGAAGAGGAUGUUGUAUUUAAUCACUUUACUGAUGCUUUAGCACAUUUAUGGCAUACAGAAAAAUUCCGUGGAUUAUAUAAAGGUAUUGCACCUCAAUUAUUAAAAGGUGUUUUUGUUCAAGGUUUAUUAUUCAUGUUUAAAGAUCAAAUAGAUAUGCUUUUCUUAUUUUUAUUAGCAUUCAUUAAAGGUAAAACAAUAAAGACCAUUAAGAAAUAA